AUGUAUUGGUUUCAAUCUCCCUGAAACCCUCAUCACAGUGAUCAUCCUAGGCAUUAUCUUCAUUUCUCUGGAGAUCAUCAUUGGCGAUGGAACUCUGUGCGGGAUCUUCAGAAUCGGAGGCCUUUUCAGGCUCCUCAAAGUAGGAAUUUUGAUCAGGAAUUUGACUCAAUUAGACAGAAGAGGAACCAAAUCAAAGAUAUAUAUCAUGUUUCCUCCCCAGCCGAUACCGUAAAUGAGAUUCUGGCCUACAUCAGAGAUAUAGUUCAGAAUGAUGACAGGCUCAUUGAAGACCUAAACUAUUGUAUCAAGAUGAUAUCCUCAGGUAAAUUGUAUGAGACUAAUGUAUUCGAUAGGGAUAAUGGUAUUGACGAUAAGGGAAUAGAAGCCCUUACUUGGAUCAAAUCUGUUCAAGGAAAGUCUAAGAACCAGAAGAGAAGCUCAACUAAUGCUAAAAUGAUGAUACAGAAUAACCUCCAAUGUAUUGAUAUAAAUUCUGUACUCAACCUAACUAAAGAGUCUUCAGGAAUGCUGGAUUGAGUCGAUGCGAUCAAUGAUUUCAAUAUCUUUGAUUUCAAAGCAGAGGUGGAGGAGAAUGAAUUAUUUGUGAUAAGCUCAUUUCUACUCAAUAAACAUCUGUUAUUCCAAAAUUCCAAAAUUGAUCCUGAGACAUACUUCAAGUUUGUCAAGAGGAUUCAGAACAAUUAUAAUCCAGUCUGGAUAAAAUAUCACAACAAGACUCAUGGAGCUGAUGUUUGCCAGACCUCAUUCUUUUUCUUAGAAGGCUGAAUUUUCAUGAGUACCGAAAAGAUUACGGAUUAUGAGCUCAUGCCUAUUGUUUUCAGUCCUAGUUGUCAUGAUUUUGAGCAUCUAGUAGUCAAUAACAAAUAUUUGGUAGAUACCAAGGCCAAGUUGGCUCUAGAGUGAAAUGACAAGUCUCUGCUAAAAAACCAUCAUGUUGCUUCAACCUUCAUGCUCAUUGAAAAUUCGCAAUAUAAUGUCUUCAAGGAUAUUAAUUUAAAGGAUUAUAUAGAAGUGAGGAAGAACAUGACCAAAAUCGUUAUAACCACUGAUGCUGGUCAUCACUUUAAUAAAGUAGGUAAUUCAAGUCAAGAGUCAGGUGUGGUGACUUCGCACCUGGUGGAGAUGACAAGAUAA